CUUCCGUAUAGUGGGGCUGACGUAGAAAUACAGUUUCACAUGAGUAUCCUAGGAGAUCAACGUGUGAAAGACAAUACACAAGUUUGUAUAACAUUAAAAACAUAAUUACGACCAGAUGGGAGGAAAGAAUAAACAGAGAACAAAAGGAAAUGUUCGGCCGUCCAGCAGCGGCAGGGCUGCCGAGCUGCUGGCCCGGGAGAGGGGUGCCGUGCCCGGGUUCGUGGGCUUCGGCAACUCCGCGUCCAAUGACCUGGGCUAUGUCCCAGCCGUCUUCGGGGCAGAGGAGAUUGACAGUCUUGUAGACGCCGAUUUUCGCAUGGUUUUGAGAAAGCUGUCAAAAAGAGACACUGUCACAAAAUUAAAGGCCGUACAAGAAUUUGGGUCAAUGUGCCAAGAAAGAGAGCCAGACAUUGUUAAAGGUGUACUUCCAUACUGGCCAAGAAUAUACUGCAAGAUAUCAGUGGACCACGACAGGCGUGUGAGAGAGGCCACACAGCAGUCGUUCCAGCAGCUGAUCCUCAAAGUGAGGCGGAACCUUGCCCCCUACCUGAAGGGCAUCAUGGGAUACUGGCUGAUUGCGCAGUGCGACACCUACUCUCCUGCGGCUUCCGCCGCUAACCAGGCGUUCGAGGCGGCCUUCCCCCUGGGCAAACAGGCCGAAGCCCUGGGCUUCUGCAAGGAGGAAGUCCUCAAUAUCCUUCAAGACAACCUGCUGAAGGAAACCCCAGAGACUCUUAGUGACCCUCAGAGUGUGCCCCCGGAGGAGAGGGAGGCCAAGUACAUGCGCCUGCUGACCAGCUCCCUGCUGGCCAUAAAGAAGCUGCUCGCCUCCCUGUCCUCCCAGGACCUGGAGUCUCUGUCAGAGCGGAUCGCCCAUCUCAUCGCUCAGAGCAAGUUCUGGAAGUACAGCAAGCACAAGAUCCCCCAGGUCAGAGGGGCGUUCUUCGAGGCGGUGGCCACGCUGUGUGAGCGCACGCCCCAGCUGCUGCAGAAGGAGGCGGCCCGUGCCUGCCCCGCGGUCCUGCUCAGCAUCGAGGACACGGACCCCGUGGUGCUGCCCCCUCUGUGGGAGGCCGUACUGCACGUCAUCUCCAGCGUCCCGGACUGCUGGACCCACGUGAACGCCAGGAAGGGGGUGCUGCCGAAGCUCUGGGGGUUACUGAGAGAGGGGGGCCGGGGUCUGGCCACCGUGCUGCACCCUAACCUGCUCCCCUUCAUCAGCAAACUGCCUCCGGAGGUCACCGACCCCAAACUGGAGUUCUACAGCACCUUCUUCACCGCCGUCAUUCAGGGGCUGCAGAGUGAGCGUGCCGUCUCCAGCCCUUCGGAGAGCGCAGCCGUGGUCUUCUCCACCGUGGAGUGCCUGCGCUUCUGCCUGCUCCACAACGCCGGGGACGAGGAGAGCAGCAGGCACAUACAGAGCAUGCUCAUCGAGGAGCAGCUCCUGCCCCUGGUGGAGGGUGCGUUGGGCAGCUCGGCCCUGCAGAGUGGCCCACUGUUCCCCCAGCUCCGGGACAUGGUGGUCUCCUGGGAGAAGCGUGUCGAGUGCCCUGACCAGGCCGCCACCUUCCGCCGGCUCCUGGAGGACUUCUGGGACGGGCUGGGGCGUCUGUGCGUGGCGCGGGUGGACAAGGAAGAGGUGGAGAACGGGUCCCUGGGCGGGGUGGCGUCCCUGCUCCGCAUCAUGCAGAAUCCCCCCGCCGGCUCGGAGAAAUCCGGCCACAAGAAGAAGAAGAAGUCGGUGAAGAUCCGCUUCUCCGACCUGGAGGAGAAGGAAGAGGAGGAGCCCGAGCAGGAAGUCGGGCGGGGCAGGGGCGGGGCUCCAGCGCUGAAGGGCGGCCAAUUGGAGGAGCUGGUGUGUCGUCUGGCGGAGCUGGGGAUGGCCUACGUCAACGAGCGCGACUCGGAGACGCACCUCCGCUUCCUGUCCGUCCUGGUCAGCUCCUUCCCCUCCCGCCAGCUGUUCGGGGCCCUGCUGGACCCCGCGGGAGAGGAGGGCAAAGAGGAGGAGGAGGAGCUGAAGGAGGUGCGGGAGCAGGAGGAGGCGCUGGUUCAGAACCCCGCGGUCCGGUUCCUCCUGCAGAAGGUGGUGUUCUGGCUCCAGCAGGACCGGCAUGGGGACACGGACUUCCUGGUGGACAUGGUGUUCAGUGCGCUACACUGCUGCAGCACGAAGGAGGGAAAAACACACAUCCUCAACCACAUCACCAAGAAGGACCUUAAGUGGGGAGUUGUUCUUCAGAUCAUACAGAAGGCAUGUGCAGAUCCAGUCUGUCUGGAGGCCUCUAUUGGCUGGCUGAAGGGGGCGGUCCUCGGGGAAAGACUCGUGGGAUUGGCCGGGGAGUUGUGCCAGUUGGGACUGGGAAGCUCACGGUCGUCCAAGGCCAUGCCCACACCUGGCCACACCCACAGCUGGGCUCUCAUCAGCCUGGUGCUCUCUCAGCACCACCUCAACGAGAGGCUGAUCGGGGAGCAGUACGUGGAGAAGAUCAUCGAUAAGCUCCACGCCACGCUCUCCGAGGCCAAGAACCUGUCUGACGCAGGGAACAUGGAGCCACUGGUGUCCUUCAUCUGUGACGUGGCGUCCAACUUCUUCUCCUCCGUCAAGGGCUGCCUGCUGCUGUCCUCCGCUGAGGAGCUGCUCCUCACCGUCUUCCAGCUGUGUGCGCAGGACCAGGAGGCCACGCGGCUGUCUGACUCCCUCCUGGAGAAGCUGAAACAGGCCUGCUUCGCCGGGGUCCGCUCUCUGGUCAGCCACCCGCAGACGGAGCUGCGCGAGGGGGCCUUCCUGCACAGCGCUGCCGUCUGGGUGCAGAAGCAGCUCCUCAGCGCCCCCUUGGGGGUCGAAAGCCUGCAGGCUCUGAUGUCAGCGGUGCAGACCCUGGUGGAGACGGUGCUGAGUGGCAGUCAGCGUGGGACCCAGCUCCUGUGCGCCUUCAUCAGCUACCUCACCCCCACCGCUGCCGAGUGGAAGAGGAUCCGACAGGCGCUGCCCCCACAGUGGGUGAAGUCCCCCUUGCUCUCGGGGCGUCUGCGGGUGACGCGUGCGUACCCCUGCGUGGACGUGUGGAAGUUUCGCGCCUCCUCCAAGCUGCCAGCCCACCUCUGCACCUCGGCCCUGCUGGGGAAAGUGGCGCUGACCGCCAUGGGGGCCACCGACCACCAGGGGGCAGGCUCUCCCCAGCUCUGCGAGCUCGAGUACACCGUGUCCGAGGUCCUGUUUGCCAUGCAGUGGUGUGAGGAGGUGAUGGAUCUCUCCCCCGCGGUGGUGACAGAGUACCGUCGGAUGCUCCAGGACUCGGACCUGACCGCCGAUCGAAUCGGCAAGCAGGCUGAGACCAGAUGCGACGUCCUGGCCAUGCUGUUCACGAGGUCGCUGGAGGAGGGGUCUCUGUGGACGCUGACGCUGGCGAGCUACAUGCGGGCGCGGGGCGUGGGCGGAGACAGCGUGAGGAAGCUGUACUGGAGUGUGGAGAGCUUCUUCCCUCUGACGGAGCGCAGCCUCUGCACCCUGCAGAUCCUCUGCCCCUCCCUGUCCAUGGUGGAGAGGGAGUCCCUGGUCGCUCUGUCCAUCUCUGAGCUCCUCAACUGGCAGGGCACCAACCAGGACAACGGCUUCAGUGGGAUGGCGUGCCUUGCGGUCCUGUACUGUUGCUUGGAAACGGGCACGGCCGUAGAGGAGGAGGUUCUGCUGGCCGUCCUCGCCACCAUGAUGGAAUGGCGCAACUCCAGAGAGGACCUGUUCCUGUUCAGCUGUGACCUGAAGAAGGCUUCAGCUGGGACGCUCUCCCUGAACGUGGAGAUGAUGCGUUUCCUGUCCAGGCUGGUGGCGCACUCUCCCACAGUGCUCCGGGACACGCACUGGGACUUCCUGCACUGCUCCAUGCUGGCCUGGCUGGAGACUGCCAAUGAGAACACGGCUGCUUUCUGGAACCCCUGGGUGCAGCUGUUCGUGUCUCAGAACUGUAACCUGAUUGUGACGCUGAGCCAGUUCUUCUCAGCGCCCCCUGCUGGCGUGGCGGACCAGCUGCCGCCCAACCUGAAGGGGGAGUGGGAGGAGUUUUUCGUGGAGGGGAUUCACAGCCUGCUCCUCCCUCUUCUGGUCAAGAUCACAGAGGAGUACACGGAGCCGGACGACGCCCUGUUUCCCCUGGCGGUUCUACGGGCCGUGGGCGAGGCCCUGCAUUGGGUCCCGCUGCAGCUGCUCACCCAGAACAAGCUCCCGCCCAGAUUCGUGGCGGGGCAGAAGACCAACCUGCCAGAGCAGCUGCAGACUCUGCUGAACACCCUGACCCCCCUGCUGCUGUUCAAGGCCCGGCCCGUGCAGCUCACCGCCUUUCACGUGCUCAACCUAGUGAUGCCCCAGCUGCCCGAAUGUGACGGCGAAAACGAUGGCGGGAGCCGGGAGGACGAUGACGGAGAAGAGCCGUGUCUGUCGCCCCCUGCUGCCCUGAUGUCGGCCCUGGCCACGGCGGAGGAGCUGCUGGAUCACAUCCUGGGCGGGGUGCCGGCGGGCGAGUGCGCCACGGUGCGGCCGUUCAGCGACGAACACUGCUGCAUCCUGGGAUACCUGCUGGCCUGGAAGCUCAUCCUCACCUUCUUCAAGGCCUCGCCCUCCCACCUGAGGGUGCAGUACUCCCUGUUCCUGCGGAAGAGCCGCUCCCUGCACACGCUCCUCCUCCACCUGUUCCGCCUCAUGCCAGAAAACCCCUCCCUCCCGGGACAGGCGGUCGAACCCGGGGCCAAAGACCCCAAAACCUUCUUCACUGAGGACCUGAGUCUGUCAGUGCACAAGAGGGAGGGGAUGCAGUGGGAGCUCCCCCACCUGGCGUGCUCGGUGUACUGCCGCGCGCUGAAGGACCUGCCUGCCAUGGUGCGGCUGUGGUGGAACGGCCAGGACAAGCGCGUCUUCAACACCGUGGACCGCUUCACCAGCAAGUACGUCAGCGGCGUGCUGUCCGCCCAGGAGAUCAGCUCUGUACACACCAGCACUCAGACCUUCGACAGCAUGACGGUGAAAGCUCGCUCAGCCACUAAAGAGGUCAUAGCCACGUACUCGGUGGAUGACAUCUUCAUUGAGCUGGUGAUCCAGCUGCCGCAGAACUACCCCCUGGGCUCCAUAUCGGUGGAGAGCGGCCGCCGGGUGGGCGUGGCCGUGCAGCAGUGGCGCAACUGGAUGCUACAGCUCAGCACCUACCUGACACACCAGAACGGCAGCAUCAUGGAGGGCCUGGCGCUCUGGAAGAACAACGUGGACAAGCGCUUCGAGGGCGUGGAGGACUGCAUGAUCUGCUUCUCUGUCAUCCACGGGUUCAACUACUCCCUGCCCAAGAAGGCCUGCCGCACCUGCAAGAAGAAGUUCCACUCUGCCUGUCUGUACAAGUGGUUCACCUCCAGCAACAAGUCCACAUGUCCCCUGUGCAGAGAGACCUUCUUCUGAGUGCUUUCAGCUGGGACUCCUGCAGGAGAGAGCGGGGCCGUUUACACCCCACUGGCAUUCUGUACCUCAGCUACCAGGAACAGCGCUUACACACAACCACACACACUCACUCACUCACCUUCACUUUCUCACACACACACACACACACACACACACACUCAC